GUGAGCACAUUAUAGAAGCUCCCCGUCUGACUUUGAAUUACUAGUUAUAUUACAACUUCAUUGAUGCUCAAACUCCUCGUCUUAUUAACGAUUCAACGUUGGAGUACCGUUUAGCAUUCUGUUUUGCAAAUAAAUAAAACAAACUUGAUAACUCUCCAACUGAAUCAAACCAAUUAGCCCGUUAGUCAUCCGGUCAACACAAAUGCUUCCCUACAAAUCUAAGUUGGACUAUCCAACAACAUAUGUGGUGAUAUCUUCGAUAAAUGACAAGAGUUACCUUGACCCCUGCUCCCCUCUCACGGUCUCGCCAUGGAAGGAAGCUUUGAGUGUGUCUCUUGUGAUAUAAAAAUAGCAAACAAAACACAAAUAGCAAGCAACCCAGGAAAUAAAAUAUAGCCGCCGCAGGACCAUUUACAGAUGUAAACACAGAAACCAUUACCCGCCGGCGCCAAUCAAACUCUUCUCCCUCCCAUUAACCUAAAUUGGUCCACAAUCCCAAUCCCGAUCCCCCUUCUCAGUUCUUUCCCUUUCUUUCUUUAUUCCCCUGUUUCCUCUAUUGAUAUUUCCUUCUUCGGUCCCCCACCAUAAAUCAUCAAUUCAUCAUCAUAAUCUAAUUAUCCCUUUUUUGUUUCGUCUUCUCUCCUCUCCGCUGAAUCAUCCCCCAGACUUGUGAUUUCUUUCCUUCUUCUCCGAUGGGUCGCUUGACGAAUCUCAGAGACCUAGUGGGCGCGAUCAAGGACAAAGCUUCUCAGAGCAAAGCAGCUGCGAUUAAUAACUCUCUCCAUUUAUCUCUUCUGCGGGCUACGACCCACGACCCCUUCACCCUUCCCAACCCGAAACACAUCGCCACUCUCCUCUCCUAUGGCCACGGCUCACGCGCCACCGCCUCCGCCGCCAUCGAAGCCCUCGUGGACCGCCUCCAGCACACCCACGACUCCUCCGUCGCCGUCAAGUGCCUCCUCAUCGUCCACCAAAUCGUCAAGCAGGGCAGCUUCAUCCUCCAGGAUCAGUUGUCCGUCUACCCUUCCUCCGGCGGCCGGAAUUAUCUCAAGCUCUCUAAUUUCAGAGAUAACUCCUCCCCUGUUUCCUGGGAGCUCUCCUGCUGGGUUCGAUGGUAUGCGCGGUAUUUAGAACAAUUGCUGUACGCGUCGAGGGUACUGGGAUUCUUCCUCUGCUCAACCACCAGCACGGCGGAGAAAGACAGAGCAGAAGAGAAAGUGUCGGCGAUGGUGACUUCCGAUUUGGUGAAGGAGAUGGACUCGCUGGUUGGGCUGAUGGAGGAGGCCGGGAGGAAACCGGAAUCCCUGCAUCUGAAAGGAAAUUCGAUAAUUUGCGAGAUCCUGAAUCUCGUAGGGGCGGAUUUCCUGUCGGCGAUUAACGAUGUAUCGGUCCGAGUCAACGAGUUCAAGCACAGGGUGAGUUGCCUGAGUUUCGGGGAAUCGGUGGAGCUGGUCUGCGUGUUGAAGCGACUGGAAGGGUGUAGAGAAAAGAUGGGGGAAUUGUCGCCGACGAGGAAGAGAGUUUUGAUCGACGGGAUGUGGGUUGCGGUGAGGGAGGUUUUGGAUAAGAGUACAGAGGCUUGUAGAGGGGAGAAAGAAGGGAGGCUUUUGCUGACGUGGGGAGGACGAAGAGAGCAGGGGACUGAGUCGGCUCGAUUCGGGGGACGAGUUUUGAGUUGCAGUGACUCGUUUCGGGCUUCGUCGGCCCGGUUUGGGUCCAGUAGGUAUAUCUAGUUGGGCCGUUCUUUACUUGCUGAGUUGCUGUGCAUAUACUUUUGGUUUUUUUUUUUUUUUUUUUUUUACGUUUGGUUUUCCCCUUUCGUUUUGGGUAAUUAAAAGGGAGAAAGAGGAAAAUUUAGUCAAAAUUGGCAGUUAAUUACAAGAGUCAAAUAGGUUGAUCUUUUUUCUUUUAUGGGAGUUGACAUGAAUUGUGAGUUAUGGUGCUUGAUUGUGAUUUUUUUUCUUCAAGUUGGGGUUGAUUAUUCAAAUACAAGUAGAGUGUUUUAUUUUCUUUCAUUUUUCCUCAUGGUGGUUGUACAAUAUUGAUUUUUGUGCAUAUAUAAGUUUCAUAGUUUGAAGUUCCUUCUAGGACAUAUCACUGAGUGAGUUAUUGUGUAAUAAGCCAAAAAAUUGUGCUAAACUUAAUACCAUAACCUACACUUAAAAAAAUGCAUAUUUUCCCCACUUAUGUAUAACUGCUUUAAGGAGAAUUAAAACCACCAUUCAAAACUGAGAGAGGUUAUAGAUGACAAAACUAACCAACUACACUCUACCUGCAUAUGACAAUGACUUCCACAAAGAAAAUGAGCACCACACAGUGGAUUGCUACCAACUGAAGGUGAAGAUACCAGGCUUGAUAGACUGAGGAAUGCUAAUUUAUUUCGUUAAAAUAAUUGAAGAUAAGACGCACAAAGCAUACACAUCACAAGAAAUAGGGAAGACACAUCUUGAGGACAAUGCGCCCAAGAGGGAUCUCAUGAAUAUUCCCCAUCCACCCUUUUAAGUUGUCCUAGAGGAAAAUCGUAAACAACUAAGGAUGACCAUAGAGGUCAUCACAAGGGCGAUCGAAUUAAGGGAAAUUUUGGAAGAAGGGCGUAGGUUGAGAGCCACAACUUUACGUGCUAGGGCAACUGUCCAAGUUAUACCUUUAAUCAUAUCUCGGUGGAAACAUACCCUCAACGGGGGUGUUUGAAAUUCAAUAUGCGGUAGUCGGGUGCAGAGUAAAAAAAAAUGUACAUGGACAUAGGGACUUCUACGGAGGCGCUCUUCAAAGAUACCUUCGUACAGAUGCUGCUGGCGCUCGACAUCGUACGACUAGGAGACUUGGUCCUAAUGAAAUUUUGGGAGUUCCCGAUAGGGUGGUGGGCACGUGCGCCUUCCAAUGACAUUGAAAGACGAGGACCAUAAGGUGAGGCAUAAUAUUGACUUUGAACUUAUGGACUGCCUGUCACCUUACAAUGCCAAACUAGGGAGACCCCUACUGACCAUGUUCAAGGAGGUUGCUUACACAUGUCAUCAUGCACUUAUGUUUAUUACCACCACAAGGUAUUAGGAUAUCAAGAGGAGGGAGUCGGUGGGUGGUGAUCUGAUGAUCGAGAAUGCCCUUCCAGUCAAGAAAUACAAGACAUAUACUAUAGAUGUUUGACUGGACGAUACCGCGAGGGCGGAAGCCGCAUAUGCUGAAAUGGUGGUGCCCAAGAGAUGGAGUAAGUAUCUCAGCACACACGUCGACGUAUUGGCUUGGUUGAUACAAUUUAUUUUGGAGUUUGGUAAAUUAUUCGCGUGGAGUCUUCAGGAGAUGAGAGGAGUACGACCAUAAGUAGCAACGCACUGCCUAGCUAUACGAAAAGGAAGGAAACCUUCCAACAUAAUAGAAGAAACCUAUCUAUUCAAAAGGAAAAGUCACUGCGGUGGACAAGCUUUUAGAGUUUUAAUUUAUUGAGAAAGUGAGUUACAUAUCUAACAAGGCUCUCAGACGUAGUAUUUUUCCCAAGGCAUCAGGGGAUUGAGGAUGUGUGUGGAAUUCACAGACUUUAAUAAAGAGUUCCCCAUGGA